AUGCUGUUCGCCAUCCAGCGGCUCCAUGAGCUCGCGAGGAAGAAGAGUACUGCGGUGUUCGCUCGCUUCGUCGACCUCACCAAGGCAUACGAUUCGGUGGACCGAAACCUACUGUGGGACGUGCUCCGACGCUUCGGUGUGCCUCCGAUGCUGGCAGUCAUUCGCCACUUCCACGAGGGCACGAGGGCGCGCGUCCGAACGGACGACGGGCAGUACUCGGAAUGGUUCGACGUGGGUCAAGGCCUCCGACAGGGAUGCAAUCUGGCCCCGCUGCUGUUCAACUUGUUCUUUGCCGCGAUGCUCAUGGUCGCCGUGGCCGAGUUCGACAAGGACCCCAAGGUGACGGCGGACAUGGUCAAGAUCGGGACACAAGUGGAGUACACGGGCAAGAAGGGCAGGUCGGCGGGGAGGAAGACGACGGUGGUGACGGACGCGGAGGCCUUGUGGGCCAUGCUCUACGCUGACGACGCGGCCAUCGUCUCGCGCUCGCCGGAGAGUCU